AGAGAAGAAAAGGCGAAGGGAGCACAAACACACACGCUUCAGAUUCAGGAAAUGCGGCUCUGCUCGUGGACACACGUCUGAAAUCGGCCUGAAAAGUUCUGGAAAACCCGUUCAUCAAAAUGUCUGGAGAUCCUGGUUUGGGGAUCCAGUUGGGACUAUUUUACGCCAUUCUCUGCCAGUGUGUCUUCGGUGUUGUUCCUCCUCCAGCAAACCUCAGUGUUGUCUGUCACAACUUCAAGAACGUCCUUUACUGGAACUACAGCAGUGCAGUCCAGCAGCCCACGUUCACUGUAAACCUCAUUCCCUAUGAAAGUAAACCUCAGACGGUGAAAACCUCUCAGACGCACCUGGAUAUCAGCAGCUACAGCAGUGAAGCCAUUGAUCAUUAUGUGGUGUCGGUGACGGCAGAUGUUGGACAGGAGAUUUCUGAAAGCCUCUCUGUUGAAUUCACUUACAGCACAGAUUUUUACAAUGAGAAAACCCACAAGUGCACUCUGGAUUUUCCAGCUGUGGAUGCGUCUGUGCACAAAGAUGUGAUCGAGGUUUCCUUCAAGCAUCCUUCAGCAUUUUAUGAGCGGGCCAGCCUGGAGGAGGAAUUCGAAUACACCAUCAUCCUUAACCCAUCCUCAUCCUCUGUUCCUCAUCUCCAGGAAAAGUCCUCGCACUCAUGCUUUGAGGAUGAGCUUGGGUAUUUGUGCGAAACAAAAGUCCACGUGAACCAGUCUGUGGUCGUUCAGUGGGUGGUGCUGAAGUUUGAGGGGAAAAUCGCAUCUAUACCUGUACACACCUAUAAAAAUGUGUCUGUGCCUCAGCUGGAGCCUGCCUCAGCCAAAACAGAAUGGAUUGCAGCUAUUCUCUGUGGAUCAAUCGCAUUGCUCUUCAUUGUUUUCGUCGUUCUGUGGUUCAUCCACAAAAAUUUCUCCAAAAUACCCAAAGUUCCCUCCAUCCUGCGUAACAUUGUGACGAGACCCUAUUCAACACCUUAUUCCCAACCCGAGUCUCCCCAUGUCUCUUCAAUGACUUCUGCAACACACACACCAGUACUGCUCUACAACAAUGAGCCCCUCUUAGAUUUUGUGCAUGAUGAAGUUUCCAAAACCACUGAUACCCUUGUGAACACAGAAGAGGAGGAACCUGCGCCUUCUGAAGAGGAAUAUGACAGCUCCGGGGGCUUCGGCAAGUCCUCAGACUACGACAGUCCUAAAUGCCUGCUGGAGAUGAGCCCCGGAGAUUUUCCGGAGGGAUACGGCCCUCGACCGCCAAUACUGCAGGCCUGACCCUACAUUUACACCCUUUUCAGAAAUUAAUCAAAAUCAUUCAUGCAUUAGACUCUGUGUUCCACUGGGGAUGUUGUGUGGGAUUCAGAAAGCCUUGUUUUUAGCACCACCGAUGGCCUUUUGGUGAACUUCGUUUAGUAAUAAUACAACUUCAAAUCAGAAAAAGUUGUGACCCAACUUCAUUUGUCCCAUUUUUGCAAACAAGUCUUAAUGUGGGCAA